GAUAAUGUGCAUCAGUGUUAACUGAGCUCUCAGGCAACACAGGACAUUCUGGGACUUACAUCCAAUUUCGUUACUUUACCUUGGAAGCUAAGAACCAAGUACAUUCUUUUAUUGAGCAACUAGAAUACAGGCACCUCUAGCUUUUAUUAAGGAUUCCAUAUGGAGACUGUAAAACUAUUCUCUGUUCUGGCACUGUUCAUUGCAACCUCGCUGGCUGAAUUUCACAUGUCCUUGGAACCUGCACAGAGGGAGAUUUCUCUCCAGAUUGGGGAGACAUUCCAGUUCAUAUGCGAAGCAUUUGAUUGUCCCAAUCCCACCUUUAACUGGGCAAACCUAAUGGAUAAAACAUUAAGUGGCAGCGUAAGCACCGAAGGCAGCAGGUCUAUCCUGACCAUGCAGGUCAGCCAUGAGAGUGAAGGAAGUUACCGGUGUAAAGUAUUCUGCAAUCAAAUGAAAGCAGAAAAAAGCUUCACUAUCAAUGUGUACUCUUUCCCAAGUGAUCCUGUUCUACACAUCUCAUCCCUUGUGGCUGGGGUUCAGUCCAAUAUCACCUGUACAGUCCCCCUUGUUUACCCCUCUGAAAUGCUGAGCUUGAGGUUACUGAAGGACAAGGAAACGGUGGCAGAAUAUGACACAUCAGUGGAGAUAUAUCAAGAUGGGGAAUUCAAGCUAAGAGAUGUUAGCCUAUCCUAUGCUUGGAUACCUCAUAUAGAAGAUGAAGGCUCAGUAUUUAAGUGUGAGGCAGAAAUGUUAUUUAUGGAUGAAGAGACAAAACCAAUAACCAAAGAUACAAAAGUGAUUCUCAGUAUUGUCUGCCCUCCUUCAACUCCCAGUAUUACUGUCUUACCAUCCAAAAGUGUUAAAGCUGGUGAAAAUAUAACUCUAGGAUGCUUGGCCGAAAGCCAUCCCCAGGCAACUGUGUGGUGGGUGAAAGAGUCUGGAAAUGUGACGAAUGAGUUACCAUCAGAAAAUGGCUACUUGGGAUUAACUGGAGUACAGCCGCAAGACUCUGGCAAAUACACCUGCUAUGUAGAGAAUGAAGCUGGGAAGAGCUUUUCCUCAGUAUUGAUCACUGUACAAGUUCCACCUAAAAACACAAGGCUCACCAUUACGCCCUCCGAGUUGGUGAGACAAGGGGAUCGUGUAAUUAUCCAAUGUAUGUCAGAAGCAUUCCCUGCCCCCACACUGAUCCUCAAGAGAAAGACAGAACGUGGCCAGGUGGAGCUGGAAACUACAAGUGGGGAGUACAUUAUCACAUCUGUAACAGUAAAGCAUUCAGGAACCUAUACCUGCGAAUCUGUUAACCCAGUUGGAAAUGAAGUGGCAGAGCUCCAUGUGACUGUGCAAGUACCUCCACAAAAUACCACAGUUCUUGUAAAGCCAUCCAAAAAUGUAACAGAAGGUGACACCGUGACCAUCACCUGUGAGACACACAGUACCACACUUCCAACAAUUCUGCUGAAGAAGGUGUGCGCCGGCAACAGUACAGUACAGCAAGCAGAGAAUGGCACCUUCACCUUGCACAAUGUCACCCGCAAUGACACUGGGACCUAUGUGCUCAGCAUAAUUAAUGAAGCAGGAAAUACGACUGAAGUCAUUGAGAUCAACGUACAAGUUCCACCUAAAAACACAAGGCUCACCAUUACACCCUCUGAGCUAGUGAGAGAAGGCGAUCACGUAAUUCCCCAUGCAGUACCUCCACAAAAUACCACAGUUCUUGUAAAGCCAUCCAAAAAUGUAACAGAAGGUGACACCGUGACCAUCACCUGUGAGACACACAGUACCACACAUCCAACAAUUCUGCUGAAGAAGGUGUGCGCCGGCAACAGUACAGUACAGCAAGCAGAGAAUGGCACCUUCACCUUGCACAAUGUCACCCGCAAUGACACUGGAACAUAUAUGGUCAGCAUAAUUAACGAAGCAGGAAAUACGACUGAAGUCAUUGAGAUCAAUGUACAAGCUCGAUAUCAAAGCCCCCAAUCCAGCUUUGCCAUUCCAAUCAUAGCAACAUCCUUAUGUGCAGUAUCAGCAGCUGUCAUCGGACUGAUUGUUUAUCAUAUGAAGCAGGCACGUCUACAGGGGUCAUACAGUCUGGUAAAGGCUCUGAAAAGCCGAGUUUGAGUUAACAGCUCAAGUAAAGCUUUUCCUACCAGUAUCGCAACAGUAACAUUCUACUUCAAAAUCUGCAUCUGCUGUGGGAUUCAAGAUCUAACAGGAAAACAUACAAUCCUGAUUCAGUUUAGAAAACUUGGCUUGGAAGAGCAGAGGGUUUCAUACAGACAGCAACAAUUACACCACUCCAUUCUGCUGGGCAGUUCCAUAUACUGAGUAAAAGCAUUUGACAGGUAACUGUAUAACCCUACAUUACACACAGAACCUUCUUUUGUUCACAAUGAAUUCUGGACCGUCUUUCUGCAGGCCACAGUAAAACUGAAUUGAAUCAAGGAAGAAAACUGAGAUGCAUAAUUUCUAAAACUGUAACCUGAAAGCAAUAAUUGUGUUAAAACCACUUCCAUUUGCACUUAGUUUUAACAAGUAGAUUUCUUGUACAUAUUUUUUUGUUUGAGUGUUAUAAUCUGUUUUGUAAGUGUUACCACGCAGGCACAAUGGUUUGUAAUGUACUUGUAAAACCUUUAUGUUUGUUGUUCUUAAAAGUUUUCUUUUUCGUGCUACGAAUUUAAACCUCUAAACCCUCUCCUCUGUGAUGGGGCGGCUAUUAAAAGGGUCUUUUGUUGAGGUGGUGAAGGGGGAUGGCGGUGCAGCGGGAAAGGUUUUGGAAAGAAUAAAGCAGAAAUUAUGUCACCACAGAAAGAAAGUAGCAGAGACUGCUUAAUAGGUUCUUGAGCGCAGCCCAGAUUAGCAUAAUUGUGAUACAUUUCUGAGCGUUUCUGAAAGCUUAAUGCGCUGAGAUUCACAAAGGAUGCAUUAUCCUUCACCACUGAUUACAGAUAUGUGAUCUAUUAUCUGGAAUACUUGGGGCCUUUGGAUAAGUGCUCUUUCCAUAAUGUGGCGCAUCGCAUCUCAAGGCUAUUAAAAAUGUUUAAACAAUAAAAAACCCAGUAUGACUGUUUUUACAUUAACACAAAUUUAUGCUAGUUUAGCCACCAUCAACUACAGGAUACCCUUUUAUUGUUACAGAGAAAAAACAAAUUGGUCUAAAAUGUAAAAUUGUUUAAUUAGGACUGUGUAUUCCUGCACACAUAGUGUUGCCACCUGUCUGGUUUUCACCCAGAUAGUUUUUGGACAGGCAGUAAAAACUGUCUGAAACCCAGACAGAACUGUGAAGUGAAUGACAUGGCAAUCAGCAAUUACAGCAUCAUAGCCCUGCCCCCUGACAUCAUUGGCCUGCCCACAAAACUACACCCACCCUGCCCCUGGCGUCACACAUCCACCCCUGGUGUCACCUGCCCGGACUUGGCAGAAUAAAAUGAUGGCAACCCUAACUACACAUAAACUUGGAAAAACUAGAGCCAACAAAAAAUUCUGGGAUUCUGUUGUGCUGUCAAGCUAUUAUGACAUAAAUAUUUGUGUUUUUUUUGUAUUAUUUAUUAUUCUAUUCACUCUCCAAUGUAUUAUGUUGCAAUAGUAUAGUUUUUUUUAAGACGCUAUAAAGCUAUAGGGCUAUAAUAAGGGGGAAUGGAGCAAAGUGUAAAAAAAAAAAAAAAAAGGCACAGUACUUUUUCCUCAGCAAUUGCACUUGACAUUAUUAAAUUGACAUAGGUAAAUAAAUCAUUAUUUGUCCCUUCUUACUCAUAAAAAUGAGUGCAUGGGAAAUUACAAUAUUGAUCAUUUGGACAGACAGCACAAAGACUUCCUUCAAAUGUCAAAACUUUUUCUUUUUAAACUGAAAAUAAAAAACAGAAUGCAUAUCAGUAAAAUCACUUGCUGGGCAGCAUAGGAUGUCUUAAAUGAUUGUAUGCCCAUAUAAAUGAUCUAAAUACCGGUGUACAAUAAUAAACAAAAUAAUUUGUUGCAAAGAAUUAAUCAGCAUCUUUAUAAAGGUGCGGGGGACUAACACCUAAAAUGUUACUUUAUUAUUAUUUUAAACCACACUGGAUUUUCCAUAACUCACUGAAAUUGUCAGUUUGUAUUAACUAUGAAGCCUUUAUUGCACAUUCUAAUGUACUGUUGUUGGCCAGCAACUGAUAUACUGUAUGUAUAUGAGACUUUCAAUAUACAGGUGAAGAUAUUAUAUAGUAUACCUUGCCAAAAGUUGCAAUCUCAUUAGACCCAACCUAUGAAACAAAAGCACUUUCAGUUCCCUGCCCAACAAACUAUGAAUUUGAUUUGUGCAAAAAUAAAAAAAAACGAGUGACUGAAUGGUACUUUCCUGGAUCAGGAAAAUUGUUGUCAGGAAUUUUUAUGGGAAAACCUUAACAUCAUGGUUCCUGAGAAAUUUUUACUAUUGCAGAAUUUGCCAAAGUGCCUGUUACAGUACAUAGGACAUUCUAAUAUGCCAGAUCAUUCAUUCUCUGUGCUGAGGGAUGUUAAUAACAGUAUUCUGAAGAUGUAUAUAUAUUUAUGUGCCACUCAAUCAAUGUACAGUGCCAGACCUUUUAUAAUGAAAGUGACCCUUACUGAUACAGUUUGUAGUGAGUUUCUGUAAGAAUGUAUUUUUAUAACAUUAUGUGAAAAGUGAGUACUACUGUAUAAUGGGAAAAUAAACAAUGUACAUGUGACAUUUUAUAUUGUUUUUAAGCUGGGCUUUACCAAAAUAAAUAUUUUGUUUCUUUUUGUA